AUGUCGGACAUAGAAGUGAAUUCGGCGCCAAAGUAUCGAUUGGCCCAAGAGCAGGAGUUUUACAAAUACAUCCCCCGCCGACAUGCCGCAACACAUUACGCCCCAUUCGAUAAUGCCAGCGAGAAUACAUUCACGCCGCAGCCCUCACAGGAGUCAGCGCUGACAUGCUACGCCCAGUUGGGCGCCAUCCGACUUGGAACCGAGCGCGCCAUGAUUUCGUUAUUCGAUCGCACCCACCAGCAUGUCAUCGCAGAAGCAACCCCAACCCUGAGUCUGAUCGGCGGCGGAAUUCGAGAUCCUCACGAUCGUCUCAUCUUGGGGUGCUGUGUGUUGCCCAAGGAAAGGGGGUUCUGCCAUCACGUCGAGCGGCUGCCAUAUGUCGAAUACAACCAACAUGACGAAAUUGUGGGGGAAGAUACACUGGUCGUCCCCGAUGUGCGGGAAAACAAACGCUUCAAUUCCCCGAAGCGACUCAAAGCGCUCACUGAUGUGCGAUUCUACGCGGCGGUUCCAAUUCUGAGCCCCCGCGGCUUCACGAUAGGGGCCUACAGCGUGAUGGACAGCAAACCAAAGGCGACGACCCUCGACCAAAACCAUUUUCAAUUCAUGAAAGACAUGGCAACGACGGUGAUGGAACACCUGACAAGAGAGUACGACGCCCAGAAAAACUUACAGGGGGAACGCAUGAUCGUGGGACUGGGGAGUUUUGUUGAAGGAAGGUCUACCCUGCGCGAUUCUUGGCGCGAAGCCCGCGCACAACAUGCGGCCUCUGAGCAAUCAGGGGAGCCAGUGGAGGGUCAGUUGAACAUCGAACAACAGAACCUGCAGAAAGCAAAGCAGAGUCAGAUCCAAACGGACCUCCCAUUCCGAGAUGCCCCCAAGUCCAAGUCAAAGCCCGAAUCAAGGUCCAGAUCGACCACACCCAGAGCGCCAGAGAAGACGGAUCCGACAACUUCAAAACCGGAAACAGCACAGCAUGGCAAUUCGGUAAGAAGUGUGCUCGCGGGAGAAAAUCUUGAAGACAACACCAUGUCGAACAACAUCAAAGAGAUUUUCUCUCGCGCUGCGAACCUCAUCCGAGAGUCACUAGGAGCGGAAGGCGUCAUAUUCCUGGAUGCCAACAGCCACCGUUUUGGCAGCCUUGUUAAACAAAAUCGGCGCAAGGUUUCAGGCCCUACUUCAAGAGACCCUUCUUCAAGUAGCGACGAGAGUACAGAUUCAGCGGGCUCACAUCGGCAAAGAGAUUCGGAUGCGGAACACACUAAUACGCUUGUGUCUGAAUGCUUGGGAUUUUCAAGCUCUAGGGUCUCUAGCAUUGACGAUGAAACAAGGGCAGGCCGCGCAGUCGUUGUACCUGAGCCUCUAUUCAGCUCUCUACUCCGACGCUACCCCCAUGGAAAAAUAUUCACCUAUAAUGCGAAUGGCUCCGUUUCCGAAGAUAGUGACAGUUCACGCCAAUACUCGGAGCAAGAACCCCACGAGGGUUUGACCAAGUCCCAUGCCGACCAACCACGCACUACAAGCACAAGACGGCGGAAGCCAACAUUCCGGCAGGAUGCUGAUAGUUUAAUCAAGAUCUUUGGUGACGCUAGAAACAUCCUUCUUCUCCCUAUAUGGGAUGCCGACAAGGGGAGGUGGUUCGCUGGCACAUUAAUUUGGACACGUAACCCCGAACACGUCUUUACCUUCGAGAAUGAAACGAUCUUCGUUUCUGCCUUUACCAAUAGCAUCAUGGCCGAGGUUCGUCGGGUCGAUAUAGAACUGGCUGAAAAGGCAAAGACAAAUUUGGUCAGCAGCAUCACUCAUGAGCUCCGAAACCCUCUGCAUGGAAUCCUGGGAACAGCAGAUAUCCUGAGUGAUACUGCUAUGAACGCCUUGCAGCACGGCAUGGUUCACACAAUCGAGUCAUGUGGCCGGACUCUCUUGGAUACCAUCAACAAUUUGCUCGAUCUUACUUUCAUCGACAAGUACUCAAAGAAGGUGCCAUCCAAAGGCAAACGAUUCAGAAAGCGCAGUGGAACGUCGGUCAAUUCGAAAAGGUCAAGCCAGAGCGCACAGAAUGAAAUAAACGAAUCUUUGUCAUACGAGCACGUCCAAUUGGAUUUGGUACUCGAGGAGGUCGUUGAGUGUGUCUUCGCUGGAUACAGUUUCUACACAACUCCACAUACACCGCCACCUGCUCUAACUGAUUCUUCGUCUCGGUCUGCUGGCCCUACCACGAAAUCCGAUCCUGUGGGACCUCGCGCAAGCCAGGUCACCAUCAUUUUUGACAUUCAGCCAGACACCGAGUGGGACUUUUGCACGCAUGCCGGUGCUUGGAGAAGAAUAUUAAUGAAUGUUUUCGGCAAUGCACUCAAGUAUACUCCAUCUGGUUACAUCUAUCUUGGGUUAAGCUCUAAGCCGAGAGCUGAACAUCCCAAAUCACAUGACCAGAAAGAGGACGAGUACGAGAUCACUCUCACCAUCAAGGACACCGGAAAGGGUAUUGGGCAGAAAUAUCUUCAUGAUGGCCUGUUCACCCCGUUCUCCCAAGAGAAUCCCCUUGCAUCUGGAAGUGGGCUAGGGUUGAGCAUAGUUCGACAGGCUGUUGGGUUCCUGGGUGGCUCAAUCGAAAUUGAAUCCACAAAGGAUGUUGGCACUACCCUCACAAUCCGUACUCCGCUUGUCCGGGCCCCUGAGCCAUCGGAAACCUCGUCUUCCGUUUCAAUGUUCCACUCCCUCCAACAAUACACGCAAGACAAAUCCAUUGGCUUCCUUGGAUUUGGGUCAGACCUCAAGUCCCAACGUGACACGUUUCUUUACACAUCAUUGGAACGUCUAUGCCAUCAUUGGUUUAGCUUGAAGUCCAAAAAUUUGUCACCCACGGAGGGCGAGAAUCAAAGAUGCGAUUUCUACCUGGCUGUGCAAACAGAAUUGGAUAACGAAAACCCCGAGGGUCGGGAUUUGUUCGGACUGAGUCGAAACCUCGUGAACCCCGAGGGUCGAUCCUCGCCUGUCGUGGUCAUCUGUCAGUCACCGGAAGAAGCUCACCGAUUAUUUGUAUCCGCCAAAAACAGAAACGAGGAGUCUUACUUUGAGUUUAUAAGUCAACCAUGCGGACCCCAAAAGCUGGCCCGGGCAUUGAACAUCUGCAUCCAGCGCCAAAAAAAUGACCGAGAAGGCCGUGCAAGCACGGAUGAACCCACUCGCUGGAUCGAGAUGCCUGAAUCCUCCCACUUGCCGGUUGAUCUUGGCGCCAGUGACCCGCCCAACGACCGGAUGAGAAUCAGCAAGCGACCCACAGCGGACACCAUGGGCAGCCCUGAUCGUGGACGGGGUGACGGCUCUCGUGAGCGCACCCCUGCGGCUAGCCCAAAGAAUACCCGGAAAUUAUCAGGCCAAUCUCCGGAUGCCACUCCAGAGAACACGCCAGAGAACACUCCAGAGAACGGAAAGCCAGAACCACAUGUCUUACUGGUCGAUGACAAUUCGCUCAACCUCCAGUUACUUCGUGCGUACACGGAGAAAGACGGUCGCAAAUACAUGACCGCUACGAACGGGAGAGACGCGGUAGAGGUCUAUAAGGCACACCCGGAUAAAUUCAGAGCCAUAAUCAUUGACAUCUCAAUGCCCAUCAUGGAUGGCUUCGAGGCAUCAAGGCAGAUACGACGUGCCGAGAAGGAGUAUCGAAACAAGACAGGCACAGAUUCCGAAACCCCUCGACUCGUUAUCGCUGCUUUGACAGGGCUUGACAGUGCCAGUGCCCAAAAUGAGGCAUUUGGGUCUGGCAUUGACACUUUCUUGAUCAAGCCAGUGAAACGACCGGAUCUUCAGGCGAUCCUCAAACAAAUGAAAUCAUGA